AAAAAUAGAAAAAAAAAAAAAAUCUUUUUUUAUCUGUAACGGAUCAACUGCUUCUCAUUCAUUAUGAAUGAGUUUCCCGAUUCAACCGAGAAUUUGGACGGAUCAAGUAAUGUAAAUCUCACCACUUGGUAAACUUUAGAUAUAAACAAGUUUUACAAGUUUUACAAGUUUUAACUGAAACUAAUUUCCUCCUCGUUCUUCAAUACGACCAAAAUUGUUCUAUACGACUAAAAUUGUUCUCAUUAAAAAAGAUCAAACAUGAGAAGAAUAUUGGUACAAUAUUGGUAUAAUAUUGGAAUAAUAUUGGAAUAAUAUUGGUAUAGUAUUAUAGUAUUGGUAUAGUAUUGGUAUAAUAUUGGUAUAAUAUUAUACCAUAAACAUAAAUAUUAUAAGAUUAUUAAAAGAUUAUCACAACCUUUUCGAAUAUUACUAUACACCCUGUACAUACAUUAAUUUUGUACGCUAUUAUCUUGAUGCAUCAAACAUCUUUGAUGUCGCGUGGCCCUUGCGUACCGUAUUUUCAUUCUUUUCCUUGGUUCACUCAUAUGAUAUUCAAAUAUAUCAUGAAGAUAUUGAUAUGAUUUUACUUUAACAAGAUUUCAUUACAGAGUAGAUCUCAUUUAAGUUAUAGUUAUAGUAUAGUUAUAGUAUAGUUAUAGUGUAGUUAUAGUGUAGUUAUAAUAUGGUUAUAGUAUACAGUGUUUUAGAUCGAAUUUUUCUUUGUUUUCUUUUUGACAAAUUAAGUCUUACAUACCGUUUUUGUUAUUUGUACGAUUUAUAAUGAUUUUAAUUUUGAUUCGUUUUCGGUUGUCAUCAAUUUUUAAAACCUCACAUAUUUUUAAUGUCCGACGAUCAAAUAAUAUUAAUUAUGGUUAUACAAAUAAACGAAUGAUUAUGUGUUGUUUUAUUAAUUUAUAUGCUCUCUUUACCUUUUGUUACUCUUUUUCUCUAUUAAAGUUGCAUUUUUUUUUAAUAGUUUCAUCGAAUGAAAUGGAAAAAAAAAUUAAAAUUAAUAUUUCAUUAUCGGUACU